UUCAAACAGUGCGUCAACAGCCUAACAAAAAAUAAUAUGUCAACAUGACAGAUGGGUGAUGCACGGGUUAAUAGUUAAUAAAUUAAAUAAUUAAUUAAUGAAACGGUAAAUAUUUAAGUUGUUAUGCUUUUAUAUUUACGUAUGUCAAAUUCAUGAUGGAGCUAGAAAAUAUAUACUUUAAUAAAGGAGAGUAUGUGGAAACGGCUUCGGGAAAUAAAGUAUCAAGACAAACAGUGCUUUGUGGAUCUCAAAAUAUAGUACUUCACGGAAAAGUAAUUGUUCAAAGUGGAGCAAUUGCGGGUGAUUUGGCAAAUGUAAGAGUGGGAAGAUAUUGUGUUAUUGGGAAAAAAGCAGUUGUCAGGCCACCCUUCAAAAAAUUUAGUAAAGGAGUAUCUUUUUUUCCACUGCAUAUUGGAGACAAUGUUUUCAUAGGUGAAGGUGCUGCAGUUAAUGCAGCGGUUGUUGGGUCUUAUGUGUACAUUGGAAAAAAUGCCACUAUAGGAAGAAGAUGUGUAAUUAAAGACUGCUGUAUUAUAGAGGAAAAUGCUGUAUUACCUCCAGAAACGGUGGUUGCUAGUUUUACUCGAUAUGGAAGUCAAGGACCAGUAUUAUCAGGUGAUACUGUUCCUGAAGCAAUGCAAGAGUUAAUGAUCGAAUAUACUAAGUCAUACUAUGAACAUUUUGUACCCGACAGGAAUUGAUAUUAUUUCUUCCAGAAAUGUGAUAAAUCAAUGUUUUAUAAAACUCGCUUAUCUAAUUCUAUUUAAAACUAUUUAAUAUGAAUUUAAAUGUAAUAUCUUAUUUAAACAGAGCACAUUAAAUUAUUUUAUUUAAUUGCUCAAUUUUGUAUUUUAAUUAAUC